AUGAAAGUUACCUGCCAUAAUGCGUCUAGAGAUACACACGUUUUAACACGCACUAACAAGAAAUACGGGCCAAGUACUUGCCGAAUAAGACAUAGACGACGUAACUGGAGCUCACACACUUCUCGUUUGUCACCAUGUAUAGAGGAACCAUCUAAAGUUGAUUGCAUGGUAACCAGUUCGCUCAAUGGUUCUCCUGAGCGCUUAUCAUCGAAUCCUCCUUCAUUGGAAAGUAGUAGUUCGUGCAGUUUAGCCUCUUGUUAUGGGGUAUCAGCUCAGUUUAUCCGCCCCUCCAUGCCUCCUGGUCCACCAACGUCACCUGUUCCGAGCCCGCCACCUACUCCUGUAACACUUGGCGCUGUUGUGGAAGCUCCAACAAAUCCUGUUUCUGAGCCUCGACAGCUUGACUCUAUUCCUAACCUUCCAGCCGUACUCCGUAAUCGUUUUAGACGACGUCGAAAUGCUAUUUGUGAAUCCUCUGCUCUUGGACAGGGAUUAAAAGACUUCUUUGCUUCUUAUGUGGUUUCUAAUUUAACUGACUCCAUGACAUCAUCACUAAGUUUGGGAUCAUCUUCUGCAUGUCCCGUGUUCAAAUCUUCAUUACAACCGCAUCUUCCUAACACAGUUUCACGUUUGGCCCACAGCGACUGUGUCACAUCACCUGUGUGUUUGAUCGAUAGCGAGUCACAAUCUGAAAGUCUGUGAUACAAAUUUAUCCUACCAGUUUUCAAUUAUCAU